CGCGCACCGCGAGCCGCUGCUUCCGGCGGUCGCGGCGCUGGACCACGCUGGGCAGCCCUCGCUGCGCCGGCCUUGCUGCGGCCCCAGCAAGGCGCUGGCAACUCGACCUGCUUCUCACAAUACAGAGCGCGCAGAAGUCGGCGCUGUCCAUGGCUACUUGGCUGCAGAGACGGCGCGCCCACCGGGCCAGCGGGCGUCCCGUGCUGCAGCACUUUUCGCUCCAGCUGUAUCGUGCCCUGUCCAGCGAACGCCUCAACGUCUUCAUCUCGCCAUUCGGCACAGCCGUGGCAUUGGUCACCGCUCUGGCCGGAUCCCGAGGAGACACGGCCGAGCAAAUCCUGGCCGCGCUGGGCGCUUCGCACGAGGAAGAGAUCCUGGAAGAGCUCAGAACCGUGGGACGCAUCCUGGAGCCGCUUUCGACACUGCACGUGGGCCUGGCCAACAAGAUGUACCUGUCCACUUCCCUGGAGCUCGCGGACUCCUUCAAGGAAGCCAUACACCAAGAGUUCGGGGGACAGGUGGGCAUCGUGAACUUCCAGGGCGACCCAGCACUGGCCGUGAAGGAGAUCAACGCGUGGCUCUACCGGGUGACGGGCCACAAGAUGUGCAACGUGGCCAGCGUCAGCGACAUCAGCCUGUCCACCCGCGUGCUGAUGGUGAGCACGUCGUUCCUACGCUGCCUGUGGCUCGACAAGUUCUCCGAGCUGUACACGGCGCCCAUGCCGUUCUUCGCCGACGACGGCAAGAUCAGCGUGCCGACCAUGUGCUCGCGUCGCAUCUGCAACUACUGCCACGUCGAGCGACUGGCGUGCCGAGUGCUCGAGCUGCCAUGCAUGAUGGAGCACCUGCAGCUCCUCAUCCUGUUGCCGGACCCGCAGUCGGACCUGGCCUACAUCGAGGCCAAUAUCACGCCGCGCGACGUGCACGAGUUCGAGCGCCGGUACACGCGAAACCCGCUCGACAUCACGCUGCCCAAGUUCAUGCUCGACGAGCACGUCAACAUGGCGCGCUACCUGGCGGCCGUCGGCGUCCGCGACCUGUUCAACAAGGAGGAGGCCGACCUCACCGGAAUAUCGGACGAGAAGGAGCUCUGCGUGCACGACUUCAUGAGCCGGUCGCGGUUCGAGGUGACCGACGAGGACCCCGUGCGGCUGGACCUCGGCGGCUCGAACACGCUUAAGCUGGCCGAGCGCACCGACCUGGCCAGCUUCGAGGUGAACCGGCCCUUCAUGUUCCUCGUCGGUCGAGCGGCAGCGCAAGGCCAUCCUGUACAUCGGCUGCCUGCGAAAUCCCAACAUUACGUGAGCAGCCCUAGUGACAGACGGUCCAGCAGCCGCGGGCCGGACUCGGACGGUGAUCUUCCGGCGACGGCGAACGACCGCGAGCACGCGCUCAUCAAUAGAUCAUCACGAGUCAUUCAUCACGUCCGCGGUCUCGUCACAUGACACAAUGACGUCACCGGCUCUAGUUGUGACGUCCUGUUCCACCAACGAUGUACGUCUGCAAUCUCCGUCCGUGUCCUCUGCUUCACUGGGAGUGCCGUUAGCUGGGCCAGGUUCUGAUGAGGACCAUUAGAUAAGCGUGCGGCGCUGAUCAGUGAUGAAAAAACUCGUCGCCGCGUAGACGUUGGUACCGCGAAACCGUGCCUGUCGGUUACUGCGGCGGCCUCUGUGGUGCGUUCGUGUGGACCGGUCCUGUCUGCGCGAUGCCUGCGUCACCGGCGGUGCUGUUCCACACUGGCGGUUGGGGGCGCUGGCUGCAGAUGACGUAGAGCGCAGGACAGCGGCCGGCAGCGGUGAUUUCUGCUGGUAAUACAGACGUGGCCCGCACCAGGAAAUUGGCGCGGUUAUGAACCGAACGGUAUUUGCACGCGGCGACGGCGCUUGUGCGCAUCACAAAUUGACUGCGCCAGUCACCGACAUGGUUCACCCGGCAUUUAAAUUUACGUCCGUUAAUAUAAUAUGUACACGACUACGUGCGGAACGCUGUUGACGAAUCUACUUGUAGUUGAGCUUUCAUUUCAUGUCGCUUGCGUUCACAACGCGCUACCACUUUGCUUGUACUUGGCGAUGGGCGACAAUGUAUUUGCACUUUCUUUCUUCU